AUGUUCUCUAAAGUUCAGCCGUGCCAACGGGCUGACCGUGCCCCCUGCCAAGCCCCUCUGAGUUAUAGUAGUUAGUGAUGGUGUUCCUCUCUCUCACUUCCUGCAGGUAUAGAGACGCCUCCUCCCGUUUGUCCUGUACAGAGAGUUCCUUCCUGGCCUCCAUGAUGUCGCAGAACCAAUCAGAACAGAGCUCUGACAUCCUCAGUCAGGAUGUGUUCAACCAGCUACUGGAGAUGCUGGACCAGUGAGUCUACAAACACAAAAACACACACACCACAACCACACACCACACCACUCAACACACACCACACCACACCACCCACACACCACACCCACCACACAUCACCACACACCACACAGCCACCACACCCACACACAGCUACCACACACACACACCACCCACACAACCACACCACACAGCCACUCACACACCACCCACCACACACCACCACCACCACCACCCACACAUCCCCACCACACCACCACACACACACCACACAACACCCACACACACCACACACACACACACCACACACCCACACACCCACACCACACACACACACACACACACCACACCCACACAACCACACCCACAAAAAAAACCCCACACCCCAAACCAAACACAACCACCCACACACACACACAACAAACACACACACACCAACAAACACACACAACCCACCCCAAACACCACACAAAACCACAACACACCAAAACACACACCAAAAACACAACACACACACCACACCACCAAACCCAAACAAACACCAAAACCCCACACACCACCACACACAACACACAAAAAACCACAACCACAACCACCACACACACACAAACACAAAACCCACACAACACCAAACACACCACAAACCCACAAAACACACCAAACACACCACAACCACAACCACACACCACACACCAACACAACAACACACACACACCCCCACACACACACACCCCCCAACCAACACCACCAACACCAAAACCACCCCAACACCACCACACACCACAAACCAACACCAACACACACCACACCACCCCCCACCACCAAACCACACACAACACACCAACACACCCCCACAAACCAGUUAAAACCAGUAAUCGUAGCGCUUGUUUUUCAGGUCAGCGUUCCACUCUUUGCACCCCAUACAGCGAACGUCCCCGACAGCCCAACAGACAGAGAUGGACCAGCAGGCAACACAUCCAGAUCAGCAUGGACUGCAUACCCAUGCAUGAGGGCCAGGAUCACUGUCGUAAGUUCAUGUUCAGUACACCUACAAAACAGUAAAGCAACCACAUACUGUACAAUAUUCAGAUCAGCAUGGACUCUACUACCUGUACAAUCACCAUCCCUCUGCCUGACCAGCCUCUACCUGACCAGCCUCUAUCUGACCAGCCUCUACCUGACCAGCCUCUACCUGACCAGCCUCUACUGACCACCUCUACCUGACCAGCCUCUACCUGACCACCUCUACCUGACCACCCUCUACCUGACCAGCCUCUAUCUGACCAGCCUCUACCUGACCAGCCUCUACCUGACCAGCCUCUACCUGACCACCCUCUACCUGACCCCCCUCUACCUGACCAGCCUCUACCUGACCAGCCUCUACCUGACCAGCCUCUACCUGACCAGCCUCUACCUGACCAGCCUCUAUCUGACCAGCCUCUACCUGACCACCCUCUACCUGACCACCCUCUACCUGACCAGCCUCUACCUGACCAGCCUCUAUCUGACCCCCCUCUACCUGACCAGACUCUACCUGACCAGCCUCUACCUGACCAGCCUCUCUCUGACCAGCCUCUGCCUGACCACCCUCUACCUGACCAGCCUCUACCUGACUAGCCUCUACCUGACCAGCCUCUACCUGACCAGCCUCUACCUGACCAGCCUCUACCUGACCACCCUCUACCUGACCAGCCUCUACCUGACCAGCCUCUACCUGACCAGCCUCUGGUCUGACUAGCCUCUACCUGACCAGCCUCUACCUGACCACCCUCUAUCUGACCAGCCUCUACCUGACCAGCCUCUACCUGACCAGCCUCUACCUGACCACCCUCUACCUGACCACCCUCUACCUGACCAGCCUCUGGUCUGACCAGCCUCUACCUGACCAGCCUCUACCUGACUAGCCUCUACCUGACCACCCUCUACCUGACCACCCUCUACCUGACCAGCCUCUACCUGACCAGCCUCUAUCUGACCAGCCUCUACCUGACUAGCCUCCACCUGACCAGCCUCUACCUGACCAGCCUCUACCCGACCACCCUUGGUCUGACCAGCCUCUACCUGAUCAGCCUCUACCUGACCAGCCUCUACCUGACCACCCUCUACCUGACCAGCCUCUACCUGAUCAGCCUCUACCUGAUCAGCCUCUACCUGACCAGCCUCUACCUGACCAGCCUCUACCUGACCACCCUCUACCUGACCAGCCCCUACCUGACCAGCCUCUACCUGACCAGCCUCUAUCUGACCAGCCUCUACCUGACCAGCCUCUACCUGACCACCUCUACCUACCACCCUCUACCUGACCAGCCCCUCUACCUGACCACCCUCUACCUGACCACCCUCUACCUGACCACCCUCCUACCUGACCACCCUCUACCUGACCAGCCUCUACCUGACCAGCCUCUACCUACCCGCCUGACCAGCCCUCUACCUGACUCUACCUGA